AUGCCCAGAAAGACAUGGCUAAGGCCAUUUACCAGGGGGACCCCAAUGAAGACUCACCUCUACCUCCCUAUGCACCAUGGCCAAUGGCUGGCAUGGCCCUGCUGCUUCCAGACACUCUGCUUCCAGCCUCAGCCUCCCCGUGGUCCCAACCCAACCAGCCUGGAGCCUGACUUCAUAGGAUUAGAGGGAAUCGAACUGCCCAAUCCCAUUCCUGGGACACGACCUCCUUACCAAGUUAGGGGCGCAAAUCUCCUUCAAACCAUCAGGUCAAGCCACCAUGUCACUGCAGCCCCCGUCAGAGGGACUUACUCUGUCACCACCCCGAGGGAAGAAAAGUGGAGGCUCUACGGGACCGGCAGUGUAGAACAGAACCCAGAAGCCUACAGGGCUGAUUUCCUGGAGCUUUGGGCUGAAGAUAACCCGCCUGGGCUAGCAAAACAUAAGGCCCCAGUUUUGGUGAAACUGAGACCUGGAGCUCAACACCAAUGGCUACGUCAAUACCCCAUCUCCAGGGAAGCUCGGGCAGGAAAUCAAGAACACCUCGUCCGUCUCAGAGCAGCAGGGAUACUGGUAGAGUGCCAGUUGCCAUGGAAUACGCCCCUUCUGCCGGUAAGGAAGUCUAAUGGAGAAUACCGGCCAGUACAAGAUUUAAGAGCGGUAAACCAAGCAACAGUCUCCCGACACGCCGUAGUCCCAAAUCCGUAUACCCUCCCCAGUCAGCUGCCCCCAGAAGCUGGAUGGCUCACCUGUGUGGACCUGAAAGAUGUAUUCUUCUGCAUUUGGUUGGCGCCCCAGAGCCAAUCACUGUUCACCUUCAAAUGGACUGAACUUGAUACCGGCCGGCAGCUUCAGCUGACAUGGACUCGGCUCCCAGAGGACUUCAAAAACUCCCCAAUCCUCUUUGGGGAAGCGGUAGCCUCAGAUUUAGCCACCUUCCCUUGA